AGAACUUCUUCGAUUCGGUUACAAGGAAGAUCUCAAUUUUCGUUGAAUCAGUUGGGUCGUCGUGAUCGAAGUUUGGAACACGUCGUCGUCGGGAAAAAUCGGUACAGCAGUACUAUUACUUAAAAAGGUAAAAGGACGCUUUUUUCGUACCGCUCUUCCUAGCAGCAGUCUAUCACUUUCGCUUGCCAGCUUUUUUUUUAAGGAAAACGAGCUUCUGAUUUCUUUUCAGCUCUGGCAGAUUCGUAGGAUUGGACGCCGAUGGUUCCCGCAGCAGUAAUCGGCACGUGGUCGUGCUGCGGCGGAGGUGUCGAGGUUGCUGCUUCUGCAAUAGCCUGUGUUGAACACGGGUGAUUUACUUACCCAUCCCUGCUAGAUGACAAGAGAUUUCUGAAAAUCAGAAUCACGUCACGACUACAUUUUCACCAACCAUGGCGGAUUUUUGGAAGACCGUGUAUGAGAACACCCAGGCGGCCGUGGCGGACUAUGUCAAGAAGGCGGGUGGUGAUGAUAAAGAUAAAGCGAAAGAUAGUACAAAGAAUCGCGUUUUAACAGUCUGGUCAGCGUCGACAGGAUACUGUGCCACGGCUUCCGGUGCCGGAAAUUAUAGCAUGACAGGUUCCUCCUGUUCCGAUUCCAUCGAGGCGAACCCCCCGAGCCCGAAGUCCGAUGUUGAUGAAGACUGCAGCUUUAUUGAGUACUUCCACGCCCAGGUGCCUACCGAAUCCGACGUGGAGAAUGAGAACCUUGGGUUUGAUACAGAUGCAGAACAGCAUGACAAAUCCUCUUCCACCAACGACAAUCUGAUCCACAUUCUCCCAACUUCCAACCCGAAUAAACGACUGUCCCGGUCCGGCACCGUUGCUACGGUGGAAAUCCGACCCCCGCACGACCCGCUCGAACUACGGAAGCUGAUGUUUUUUGCGGACGAAGAAGAAUACCACUACAUGAAGAGCCGGCAGACGGUGAUGACCACACGAGGACCAGCAACUGGGUCGACGUUACGAACAACGAUAGAACAGUCUUACGAAGAGCAAAGCACCAGUUCCGGGGGACAGGAUAGUUGUCAAAGUUCUCUUGCUGCGACUUCCUCUUCAUCCUCUUCGAGCAGUAGUGAGGAAGAAAACACUCACAUGAACAACAAGCAGGGCACAGUUACCAAUCGCGGACACGACAUGUUGUUACCCCACCACCUUUUCCUCGGCCCAAAUCAUGCUCCUGGCUUUGCAUCCUCUUUGUCGCAGGAAAUUUUUCGCACCAGCGGUUCUUGCUCCCGGAGGCUGUUAAGUUUGGUGCAGCAAUUUGCGAAUUUCGUCGCGUUUUGGUGUUACCAGUUGUACGAGUUACCGAUCAUUCUGUUCACUGAGGCGAAGGAGGUUUCUGCGAGAGAUCUGUACAACCGCUGGAAGAAGGAAUCCGUUUUACUUCACAGCUGCGUUCUUCCUGUUGUGAGAUUUUCGAAAACAGCGGCAAUUUUUACCAGUCAAACGGUGAUUUCGGCUCCGGAAAAAGUGGCUUGCAGCACCACCGCUCUUGCACGGAAAGUUUUUUCAACCACGACCCAGUUUUUGAAGAAUUCCACUUGCUCUCGAACGUGCGUGAAAUCCUACGCAGUGUCCUGUUUUUACCGGCAGAAACGGGUGAAACGAUAUUGUCGAAAACUUAUCCAGAAAUUCCGAAAAGUGUUUUGCGAUUGGGGGACCUUUCUUCGGGAUUUUACCGUUGAGGGCACGGACGCGUACGAAGUGUUUCAGAAGUGGCUGGACGACUUGUUUGACACGUUUUUUUUGAUGAUCGUGCGGUUGCUGAUGUUUCAAAUCUUCUACUGCAUGGUGAACAACUUGUUUGAUGAUUAGAAGCGCGCGAGGGGGUGUAGUUUACAGCUGGAGCAACAAUUGUGAUUUCCUGUACUGAAAUUUUACUACAUCUACAUGGUUUUUUUCGAAGAAGGAGAAAUAACGCUAAAUUUGAUUCAUAGUACUCAUCUUACACUAAAACCGUACACACAUUUUAUCUAAACAGUUCUACUUUUUCCCGGCCCGAGGUGGCACGCAUAUUGUCUAUUUCCAUUGGGAGGUUGCAAUUCUACAUUUCCUGUAUAUAUCAUUUUGAAGGUAGUUCCGGCAUUGUUUGUGGAACUGUGGCACGACACGGCUUGAAACCUGUACCUAAUUCUUGUGCGC